CUCCCCACCAGAAGAUGGCAGUGCUGCGACAGGAAGCUCAUGUAGCAUUUCCGGUCAACGAAGAAGAAGCAGCUGUUAGCGGUAGCAUCACAGUAGCCUGGUUCACAUUACCAAAUCGCAGCAUUUCUUCUCUUAGUCAGAUGCGUUUUGAAGAAAAUCAUCAAAUUAAUUGUAGAAAACAGUUGCAAAUCAACAGUGGAGUGUCACGUCCAACUGAAACAAGUUAUCUGCAGUGUUCCUGUCUUGGAGCAGAGCAAAAAUCAAGAAAGGAAAAUGGAAAUGACAAUUGCUUUUCACGUUUCCACACCUUCUACGUUCUCAUCUAAUUAAAAGGGAACCUAUGAUGUAAUAGGCAAGUGGGAUCGACAAAGACAACCAAUACAUAACUAAACUCAGUCUUCAUAAAAGUGAAGCAAUGGCCUUUUUGGACAAUCCAGGCAUUAUUCUGGCCCACAUCAGACAAUCUCAUGUAACCAGUGAUGACACAGGGAUGUGUGAGAUGGUUCUAAUCGACCAGGAUGUGGAUUUGGAGAAGUGCCAGCUGGCCCUGGUGCCUGGCAGCAACUGUGGUUCAGUAACGUUAGAUUCUUUAAGUGAGGGAGUCAGCACAAUGACAGACAGUCACACUUGUGACCUCUCCCAGUCUAUGGACAUUACCUCCAGCUGGGACUUUGGUAUCCGUCGACGCUCCAACACAGCCCAAAGACUCGAAAGACUAAGGAAGGAGCGUCAAAAUCAAAUCAAAUGUAAAAAUGUUCAGUGGAAAGAAAGGUCAUCCUCUCAAUCAGUGGAGGAUUUGGGGUCAUUUUUUGAAAAACGUGAUUUUAAAGACAAACAGCGGUCAACAUGUAUGAAAUCCACCCUUUCUCUUCGACUGGAGCAGUGUCCCCAGCAGCUUAACAACCCCUUCAAUGAAUACUCAAAAUUUGAUGGCAAGGGCCAUAUUGGCACAACAGCUACCAAAAAAAUAGACGUCUACCUCUCGAUGCAGAUGGCUCAGGAAAAAGUUCAUCCUAUGACAGUGGUAACCAUUGCUAAUGCCCGGGUUCAUGAUCUCAUCGGGCUUAUCUGUUGGCAGUACACAAGUGAUGGGCGAGAACCUAAACUUAAUGAGAACGUGAAUGCAUAUUGCCUACAUAUUGCGGAAGAUGAUGGUGAGGUGGAUACAGACUUCCCUCCUCUAGACUCCAACGAGCCAAUACACAAGUUUGGCUUCAGCACUCUGGCAUUGGUGGAGAAGUACUCCUCACCUGGCAUUGGUUCGAGGCAAUCACUGUUUGUCAGAAUAAAUGCAGCUCAGGGUUUUUCCUUAAUCCCAGUGGACAGUCUGAAAGUAACCAUGAAGGACAUUCUUCAGAAAGCUCUAAAAAAGAGAAAAGGCUCACAGAAAGGAUCAGGGCCAAUGUAUCGCCUGGAGAAGCAAACGCACCCAAACAUUGCAGUAGACCUAGAUUCAACACUUGAAAGCCAGUUCACCCUGGAGUUUUGCCUGGUCAGAGAAAACAGUUCCAGGGGUGAGGAGAACUCAGAGGAGGACCUCCCCAUUGACAUCACCACCGUCCAAGAUAUGCUAAGCAGCCACCAAUAUAAGUCCUUCAAGAUUAGUAUGAUACACAAGCUGCGCUUCACCACAGACGUUCAACUCGGAAUUUCAGGAGAAAAAGUGGAGAUUGAUCCUGUGACCAAUCAGAAGGCCAGCACUAAGUUCUGGAUUCGUCAAAAACCCAUUUCUAUUGAUUCCGACCACCUCUGUGCUUGUGACCUUGUUGAGGAAAGAAGCCCGAAUCAUGCCAUAUUUAAGAUCACUUAUCUGAGCAACCACGAUUACAAACCUCUCUACUUUGAAUCCGAUUCUUCAACAGUCAAUGAAAUAGUUCUAAAGGUGAACUACAUCCUUGAGUCACGAGCCAGCACCACACGAGCUGACUAUUUUGCCCAAAAGCAGAGGAAACUCAGCCGUCGAACAAGUUUCAGCUUCCAGAAGGACAAGAAGAGUGGCCAGUAGACAGGCUGGAUCUAUGCUUUUUCUUGAUGUACAAACUACAUAUAAACACACAAAGAAGCCUUGCAAAUGUUAAAGACUUGAAAGUAACACCAUUGACAAACCUGGGAGGAGACGACUGCAAACAUAGAGAUUUUUAAUGGACAAAUCACACAAUUUUGUUUAGAUGCCAUUUAAAUUUGUGUGUUUGGAAUACAAGAUCUCAAUAUAC